UUCAUGGUCAAGGAUUUGCAAAGUUCAUCUCUACUUAGACAACUACAACAAGAGCGAAUUUGUUCAAAAAUGUUGCGUCUUUUGCGAUCUGUUAUGAUGGUAAUGAUACUGGUAAUACCAGGGUUACUAGUGUCAGUUAAUGAAGCUCAUCUCUCUUAUGGACACUACCAGACUUCAUGCCCAAAUGUUGAAGCCUUAGUCAAGGAUACACUUGUACCCAUUUUCUUGACUGAUGCUACUGCUCCUGCAUCUUUCUUAAGGCUCCUGUUCCAUGACUGUCAAGUUCAGGGUUGUGAUGCGUCAUUAUUGCUCAACUCUGAACGCAGAAACACUGGUUCAGAGAUGAUUUCCUCAAAAAACUUCAUGAUAAGAAACCGCGAAUCAAUCGGGCUGAUAAAAUCAGUUGUGGAAUCAGAGUGUCCAGGGCAAGUCUCUUGUGCUGAUAUUAUUGCUUUAGCUGCUAAAGAGUCGGUAGCCUUCACUGGAGGACCUCAAAUUCAAGUUCCUCUUGGAAGGAAAGACUCUACAAGUUCAAGUUAUAAACAAGCUGAUCUGAGUCUACCUUCACCACAAGUGAGUGUAGAUGGAAUGCUUCAAAUCUUCAAAUCUAAAGGAAUGAAUCUUCAAGAAUCCGUCGCCGUGUUGGGAGCACGUACAUUAGGUGUUGAACAUUGUCUGAACAUUGUGGACAGACUAUACAAUCCUAAACACACCAACAGCAAUGCCGCCUCUGCUAACGAUAUGUUGGAAAAAGGUUAUGAAGUUGUACUGAAGAUGCAAUGCCCAACUAGAGUUCCUCUAACAAACCUUACGUUUGUGCCUAAUGAUGUAACUCCCCUAACCUUUGAUAAUCAGUACUACAGAGACAUCAUUUUUGGCAGAGGUUUAUUUGGUAUUGACUCCAGCAUCUCAAAGGAUCCAAGAACAUCACCAAUUGUUAAGUCGUUCGCGGAGGAUCAAAACUACUUUUUUCAAGUCUUUGCUUCUGCAUUUGUGAAGCUUUCCUCAACAAAUGUACUUACAGGGAAUUUGGGUCAGAUUAGGAGUCAUUGCAGUAGAUUAAAUUAAACUCAUCUUUGUACUGGAUGGUGAUCUUGUUGUCGAGAAACAAAAUAUGUGAACAAGACAGAUUGUCUGUUGAAAGUACAAAUAGUCCUUUCUAAGAUUUUAAGUUCAA